AUGGAAAUAAAGGGGGAAAUAACGUCUUUACUCUCACUUUAUGGUGGACAAUUCAGCAGUGAACAGGAAAUUCGUGUAAAUUCUCCAUUUUGGAUUCUCAAUAUUCCUUCAGAAGAGAUGGCAAGGGGACUGAUGAAACGGACAGUGUGUGCAAAGUCUAUAUUUGAACUGUGGGGUCAUGGAAGGUCUGCGGGGGAGCUUUAUGCAUCUUUGAAGAAUUAUCCAAUGGACAAGAUGCUUCCAUAUCUACAGUCAGACUCUACUUACAAAAUACAUACUCAUACAUUUAAUAAAACACUGACCCAAGCACAGAAAAUAAAAAAGAUAGAUGCCCUUGAAUUUCUGCCCUUCAAAGGAAAAGUAAAUUUAAAGAAUCCAGAACACAUCUUCUGGAUUUUGGAAGAUUAUGGAAUGGACCCUAAUAAUGUUCCAGAAGAGCCCUUUCAUCUGUAUUUUGGUAGAUGGAUUGCAGAUGGCCAAAGAGAACUUAUUGAGUCCUACAGUGUAAAAAAAAGACACUUUAUUGGAAAUACUAGCAUGGAUGCCUGCCUGUCUUUCAUUAUGGCAAACCAUGGGAAAGUAAAACCCAAUGAUGUUGUAUACGAUCCAUUUGUUGGAACAGGUGGCCUUCUAAUCUCCUCAGCACACUUUGGAGCAUAUGUGUGUGGUACUGAUAUAGAUUAUAACACAAUCCAUGGAUUAGGCAAGGCAAGCAGAAAGAACCAGAAAUGGAGAGGGCCAGAUGAAAAUAUUCGAGCUAAUCUCCGACAGUAUGGUUUAGAGAAAUAUUACCUUGAUGCGCUAGUUUCUGAUUCUUCAAGACCAAUAUGGCGAAAAGGGAUGCUGUUUGAUGUAAUCAUUACAGAUCCACCGUAUGGUAUCAGAGAAGCUACACGCAGAACAGGUUCGCAAAAGGAAGCAGUUAAGUCAGCUGAAAGAAGCACAGAAAAUCACAUCUUCGUUUCAUCCAGUUAUCAUCUAAGUGACAUCUUUUUUGACCUACUGAAGUUCGCUGCAGAAUAUCUGGUGAUGGGAGGAAGAUUAGUUUACUGGCUGCCAAUAUACAGGCCUGAAUAUACAGAAGAGAUCAUUCCUCGCCACCCGUGCCUGAAACUUAUUAGCAACUGUGAGCAGAUGCUUUCCAGCCACACCUCAAGGCGCCUGAUAACCAUGGAAAAGGUGAAAGAAUUCAAG